AUCGGUCAUAUACGUCGUUGUCCACGUUCUCGUCGUCAGUGCUAAAGGUCCCUGUUAUGGCAAGUAAAGGUACAAUGAAGCGUGAUUUUCAUAAUAUUUAAUUUAAUUAGCAGGUGACAGCCCCAUCUACGUGACUCCUGAGCACAGAAGCUGGUUACUUGGGAUCAGUAGAGAAUAGCUUUAGAAACUACAAACACUGCUCAUCUUUGGACAAGGCUCUACCAGUCAUUGAUGUUUCUCACUCAGCUGGUCUUCUCCGUCAUUCAGAUCCAUCUUGUAAUCAGAAACAUACAAUUUGUGUCACAUCGGAUCAACACAAAACAGCUUCAGUUUCAGGCAGCUGGAAGGUAAAGCCUUAUGAUGAACCCUUUCCCGAGGGUAUCUGCGCAAGCACUUUGAGGAAGAUCAGAUCCAGAAAAAGACGUUAUACUCCCGUAUACCGACUAUUGUUUGUGAGAAACCUCAUUUGAACAGCGAUGUCUGCUCAAGAUUCUGUUGAGUCACGUGCUCAGCCUCAGCAGAUGCAACUCGAUCCAAGCAAAGUCAAUGACAAGACAAACCUAAAUAUUGAUUUCACGAAAAGAGCUUCAGACAGGGGCUACAGAAUUGUUGACAAUAAAGGAAAAGGAAAUUGCAUGUUCUAUGCAUUGUCAGAUCAACUGGAAACUGUAUUGAGAAGCAAAAUCGAGCAUGACGAAUUAAGAAAAGCAUUGGUCCAGUACCUCAGAGUAAACCCAACACUACCGAAUGGAAGCCAUCUGCCUGAAUUAUACAGUGGAGAUCAAUCAUGGGCUGAUUACUUAACCAACAUGGAGCAAGAUGGCUUUUGGGGUGACCAUGUUAUUCUAUGUGCCGCAGCAAACUGCUACAAAACUUGCAUUCGUGUGGUCAGCUGUGUUCACGAGGAUACUAUCAUAGAGUCACAAUACCGCAGGACACUUGUGUUGGGACACAUCCCUGAAUUACACUAUGUCAGCCUUCAUCCCAAACAAGGAAACAUCGCGAGCGUCGAACUUAAAAUGAACAACGAUACCGAUCCUUCCGGAGAGCGACGAAAAGAAAUCAGCAAAAUCCUUCUGAGUGAAGCGACAGCAAGUGAUGCAGAAGACGAGAGAGAGGAAAGCCGGGAUUUUUUUAUCGCAGAUAAUUACUCGUCGGAUGAAGACGAACAAGUUGAGGAAGAAGUCCAAGCAAACCCGAACAAGCCUUGCUACUAUCCUUCCCAAAUAGAAAUGGCAGCCAUUUUAAAGAAACGAAUUGACGCCAUCAUGUCCCAUUACCAUAACAUUUCAAAACUAAGGGAGGUCUUCAACGACGUUGAAUUUGUAGUUUAUACAGCACGGUACAGAAUGCUAAGCGGUCAGACAGCGAAGAGGAUUUACCAUCCUGACGCAGGCGUUAUACCAAAAAAAGAACUCGAAUCGCAUGCAGGCGACGGAAAGAAACGGAUGUUCAUGUAUGUUCGCAGCACAGAUACAGAUACGAAUUUUGAUGAACUUAAAAGAGAUGUUCAACAAAAACCUCGUACACUAUUUGUCAUCGUAGCAGACGAAUGCCAUUGGGGAAUAACUAAAGACAAAGGGAGGAAACCCUCUGCCCACAAUCUUUUCAUCAAUGAAUGGUGCAAAGAAAAACCUCCCAAAAAUGUAAUUGUUCUGCAAAUCUCUGCGACGCCCUUCAACCUCCUGACGCAGAACUCUCGCCUUGCGGAGGUUCAGUGCAUUAUACAGAAGGAAGACGUCUCCAUCAUUCGGAAACAAUACAGAGCAGGUGAUCUGGUGUUGGCCCAGGAACCAGAGUUAAAACAAGGAAGAAACACCUCAAAGGAACUUGAACUUCACGUUGUCCACUGGUCAGAAGUUGAACUUAAAAACUUUGAGAGAGGAAUGCGAAUGAAACUCAAGUCAUCUUUAAAGAUCAAAGGUUCUUCAUACCUGUACCUUCAGGUUUCUACCGAGGGAAACCUAGUUGUUACAUCUGUACCAGAAGAGGCAACGGAAUUCAUUAUCCAAGGCAGUCACGGCAUAGUGACUUUCAAAGUAGAAAGAGCAGGACGCUUGUUGACUGUAACCCCGGAUAGCUAUGGACAAUUAGAAGCCAAAAGUGAUCCUCCAAUGCCAACGAAAUUUGAGGUUAAGAUGGAUUUUGGAGUUGGAGUUGUCGCAUUUCGAUCCUGCGACAGACAAGAUCACUACAUUUCUGUUGACGAAAAUGAGUAUGUCAGUUUGCAAGCCGCGAAAAUUGAGCUUAAAUGUGGUGUCUCUAUUAUGAAACCAAUGCAUAAAUUGGCUAAAGUUUCUUUCCAAUUCUACACUGAUCAGUCCGCACCAAUGGAGGUCAAAACGGUAGGGAAGCAGUAUAUGAGUUUGAACUACUAUCUCAGCACCAUAGACAGUCCCAGAAGGAAGGACCAGAAAAUACGAGAAGAUGAGACCUUUCAAAGCAUUGUUGAUAAGGCUAAGAGAGAGAAGAAGGUGUCACAGUCAGAUUCGACUUCUUUUCCGAUUGAUGCCUUACUUUGUGCUGAUUACUGCUACCACAUUGUCCUCUCAAGCGUUUUUAACAGUGAUGACAAAAUAUGCAAAGCACUGACUUUUGAAGGCAAAGAAUCACCCACUACUGAAUUCCACCGUCUUCUUGCAGUGUACAAGAUGAAACUUAAAGUAAAAGGCGUGGAAAGAUACAUCCACCCAGAGGCUUUCGAGCUGAUUCAAAGAAAUAUAUACGACAGAGUGACAAAACAGUUCGAAGCACACUUGAAGAAUGUAGAGAAGUUGCAGAAACAAACGGCACCUGACUGUACUGAAAUGCAGACAUCGAAGGAGCAACUGGCCAUCUCAAUAGUUGAAUGCAUAAUGCAUCUUCCUCCGCAAAAAUUCGAGCAACUCAAACACAACACACCCCUAUUUCAAGACAUUAAACAACAAUUGCAAGCAAACGGCUGCAAGGAAAUGGUACGAAUAUGGCACAAUCUAGUACAAAAACAUGAAACAAGUUCUCUAGUGGAAGAUCUGAUACAGAGCGGGAAGGGGCAUCUGGGAAAGAUGAAAAUUGUACGAGCAAAGACACAGAAAACUGCUGAUCAAUUUUAUUACACAGUUCGGUUAGCGCGAGAAUUGUCGGGUCUCAAAGAACACUUUGAAGUCAUUAGAGACUAUGGAGGUAUUCAGAUUGAGAACCAGCUCAUGAAACCGUCAAGUCCGUUCUUUAAAAAGGUUCAACCAGAAGUUUGCACCUACAAGUUUGAUUGUUGUUGCAGUAAGUUAGAACUACAACCUAGACUUAAAACGUGUUCCAACUGUCAUCACGUGCAUAAAUCCAUAACACAGUAUGAGGACCUGGAAAACCUAGCAUGCAUACUCAUUCUGGUCGGUAAAGGUCGCAUGGGAGACACAUUUCCCCAGAGCUUUGACUGUCUUGACUUGCGACUCAGCUACGACAGCAGUCAAGAGUUUAAAGAGGACUCAGCAGUGUAUCUUUCAAGUCUUAUUCAAGAGCUGGGAAGAAUCUGCCGUUAUGCAAAUGUUUCUUCUAGCGUGAUUCCUUAUGUAUUGAUUGGUCGACAGCUAUUCAAGAAACUCCAGACGUCAUUGGAGACAUCACCGUCAAUAAAUGUAACGUCCUGUACUAAUCCAGACCGUUAUAUGACAAAGACGUCCAAAAAAAAGGACACACAAUCAUCGCCAUUGCGAUGGCUCGACUAUGUAGCUCAUAAAGACAGCUACGAUUAUGGAAACGAACAAAAGCACUGCAACAGAAUCCUUCUGCAAGCCGAACCUCAGAUUGGCAAGACGGGAACGUACUUGUGCCUGAUACGAGAUUUACGACUUGACAUCUUGGGAAAGGAGGGAGUUAUGCUUGCCUCACCUGCUGCAUUUGAUGAGGGAAACUUUUAUCAGCGCAGGGAAAGCAAUUACCCUGACGAGUCGAUACUGAGAGAGAGGGAUGAACGCGAAAACUGGCAAUUUCCAUAUUGGAAGACAAUCGAAACCUCUCCGAGUCUGCACGAAAAACCGGUUGGGACCGGAAAGUACUCAAUAGGAGAGUGCGUCUACACUCAUGACACGGAGGAAAGUCCAUUCAUUCUUCUAAAGGAAGGGCGGACGCCAAUCGAGACUGGUCGUGAGAAGCUCAGGACUGAGGAUUGCUCAAAUGGCCUCCGUGCGUGGCGCUGGAGCCAUUUCGAGGAAUGCGUUGACUGCGGAAGAUUACUCCAGGGCAGAGAAUCUAUCGAGGAAAAUGUGAAGGUAGACAUAGAUGGUAUACGAGUCACUGUUAGGUGCUCCUUGCCAAGCAAUUGUCCGUCAUUCACUCAACUACAAGAGAAAUUAGCGAGCGCUAAAUCACAAGAGGACAGUCUCACUUUGCCAUACUGGAUAUUUCAUCCUUCACACCGAAGUGAUCCCAGGAAGUGCACUUUGAAUUAUCACCACGUCAUGAAGGAAGGUGAUAGUGUUGCAAAUUAUGUCCAGGUUGUCAUUGUUCGAAAGGAAAAGUUCGAGGCUUACAGAUCCACGUGGGGAAAAGUGCUCGUCAUUCUACAACUUCCAGAGAGCCUUCCCAAUUGCGACCUUGCACCAGAUGAAGGAGGAAUUGGUUACGCCAGACUGUUUAUUCAAAAGAUUGCAUUUUCUCUAGAGCUUGAGUACGUCUUCAUGAUUGAUGACAAUGUGGCUAUGAUGUCAGAGGCAGAAUUUCCAACUGAUGACAUGUCUGGAAAAGAAAGAAAAGUCCUGAGAGAUGACAACGGGGUGAUGAAAAUGGCGCGCUGCACUUUCCUAAAGCCUUUGACAAGUCUUCAGAAAAUAGCACAAGGAAGGGAAACUCCACCCAUAGUGGACGAGGAAUACGAACCUCAUCCUUUAAAAGAUGACUUUGAAGCACAGGGUUUUCCAUUAUAUACCUACUCUGGUCCUGCAAAGUUGUUUCGCGACAAGCAGCAUGGGAGCUAUGGUAUUCUUGGUCUGAUGAGAAGUAUCCCAAGAGCUGUGAGACCUUUUGCAAAGACGCAAGUGUACGCCGCAGUCUUGCUUAAUGUCAAAAGUACUGUGGAAAAAGGCGUCUUUUAUCGUCCAUGGCCCUGCUGGGAAGAUCUGCGCUUCAACGAUGAUUGUGACAAAGCAGGUCUAUGGGUUGUUAAAUGCAACCGUUACUCUUUCUUUAAAGUUCAGUACAAGGACUGGAUUAUGAAACUCGUCCCGCGACAAGUCUUCCGGUGGGAUGAGGAAUGUUCCAUCGUCGAAAGACGGGUGGAAAGCGACCUAUCAGAAGCUGCGGAAGAGGAAAUUAUCCUAAAGUACCUUUGCAGCUUAACGAACACCAGUGGCCGUGAAAAAAGCUUCAAAGGGAGAAUUGGAUAUGAUCGAAUUGUGGAGGAGGAAAGAAGGAAGUCUCCUCUCAACAUUGUUGAUAAAGUCGAUGCUUGCACUGUUACCGAAGAAGCGUUUGCAAAGGGAGUAUCGUUGCUGGUUCUCUCCUACUCUGCAGGAAAUCGGAGCAUGGAAAACUUAAUUCUACUUGACUCACAUUUCCGUCGCACUAAGGAGAAAAUUGUGUUCGUUUCAAGUGUCGAGGAGGUAAAGAAGAAGUGGCCGCAGUUGACUAUAUACACCAUACCAACCGAGAAUGGUAUUUGUUUUAGUCAGGAAAUGAGCGACAGAAAUGCGCGAUUUUCUAUUUUGUCUGCAGCGGACCCAAGAAGAUGUCGUUUGCGUUGGAUUUUGAUCGAGGCAUCUUUCUCGCAAAACGAUGACAACAGUGAAGUAGAAACUGGCACCAGUAAUAUUGAGACUUCUGAAAGGAACCCUGAGGAAACUAGAAAUCUGCUCACAUUGGUGGAGGGUACCUUAUCCAACCUUCAAAUCACAAGCAUAGCGGCAAAAGGAGAAAAGACUGAUGUCGACACACACAUGGAUGGUACCAACGGUGUAACAAGGAUCAUUGUGGAACUCUGGAGAGAAUAUAGAGAAACUCAACUGCAAUUUGAGGAAAAGUGCAGAAGGGGCCUGACGAUAGACGAAAUCAAAAACAAGCUUCAGCCUCACUCUGAUGAACUGGGAGAAAGAGACGAGAGAGGUUACAAUGCACUCCUUAAAGCGUGUUCCCUCCCUGCCAAUAGUCCUCUUGUGAUGCAGUACCUUAUCACCUCACAAAAAGUUGACCUCAAUAGUCAGCUACCUUCUGAUUUUGAUGUGAAUCACCCAGCCCAUAAUGAAUUGGUCCCAGGAAUGUCUUCUUUGUCUGUGGCAAUCAGGAAAGAGAAUGUAGAAUCAGUGCCAAUGUUUAUGACGGUGAGGUCAUCUGAAAUAAUGGUUCAAAGCUCUGACGAUGAUGGGAACACUGCAUUACAUCAUUCUGUAAUUUCUGUCGCAAAAACUGCCUUCGACACAAUUUUCCCCCUUUUCAAGCCACGGAAGUGGAGAGACAUGCGGAACAAAGAGAAGAAGAAUGCUUUGGACAUGUGCAUUGAGAAGCAAAAGGAACUAAGAGGUCAAAAAGAGGUAAAGGAAACAACCCUGAAAAAGAUCGACGACAUGCGGCAGGAAAUGGAGAAGGAUCCUGCUUAGUAUUUACAAACACAGAAUUGCAAGCCGGUGGUGAAAUGUACCUUACCCUACCGAUUUCUCCAACAGUCGACACGUAAUCUUUAUUACCAUGGAUCGAAGACAGCAUUCGUCUAUGUGAGACUUUGUUCCAGUAGAGUAAUUCUCAGUAGAGUUUCGCACAUAAUCUGCAUUUAUUUGCUUUAGUUUACUCUUUUGCUCUUUUUGCACCCUUGCUCUUGGUCCAUCCUCUAAACCAAUGAGAGUCCAAAGAGGACUCGCGUGAUAUUUUCCUUCGCUAUGAUUCACUGUUGUGAUUACUUUGGAUUUGAUUUUACAGUUGAUUUUACAGUUUUUUAAAGUUUUGGUAUAUCUUGCAUUUUAAUUCUUCGAAAUGUAGGAGUGUACAUCUACUUUUUAAUCACUUCUCCAGUUCUAACUAGCCACUGACAGUUUGUCGUCACUUUUUAGUUAAGACUUGUGAAAGUACGGAUUGUUAAAAUCAGCUAAGAAUGAAAUAUAUUACUUAGAAAUAUAACACUUAAUUUCAAAAGUUAACUGUUGACUUAGUUAACUAUGCUAGCUAUUAAGGAUGCUUGUUUGAUGGACAUGAAUAAAGUUAGGAUUGUAAUCUAUCAUCCUCAAAAUUUUACACUUUUUGGCUAAAACAUAUUUUCUCAAGGAGUAUUAACGCUUCCAUAUUUCUAUGUUGUGUCCUUUGUUGCUUAUUGUUGUUAUAAAAACCUAGCCAGUUAAGAUAAUCAGAUCUUUUGCAUAGAAAUAAGUGUUUUUAGGCAAAAUAUGUUCCGCUAACAAAUCUCGACCGUUAAAAAUGUUAUUAUUUGUUUUGUAGGAAGAAAAGAAUGGAUUUGUAGUAACAAUCUCGGCUCGCUUAACUUCUUUUUGAGCUAUCAAUUUCAGUCUAUAACUUAAAGGUAGUGUCGUUGCAUGUUUGGAAAAUAUGAGUUUAAUAUUAACAUUUGUGAAAGUUAAGGAAUUUUCAAAUAGUAUACUUAAACUGUUAAUGACGCAUGAGUGAAGAUCAGCACUUUUUUAUGGGAGUAAUCAGUUACGUCAUUCAUGUUACAUAAUUUGAAAUCUUUCCAUGCCUUCAUAUAGAUUUUCAUUAAUUGUUAAGCACUUUUCAAAACAUACAAGUUUUUAGAAGUUGUCAUUAAA